AUGAGUCUACCCCUUGCCCUUGGUUCCAAGUCUGUCUCGUCUCGACCUCUCCUGAUCAACCUUGAUGAUAAUGAUGAUGACGACAAUGAGCAUUCAGACCACAAGCCGAGUUUUCUUGCAGAAGAUGGAAUGACAGUGCUGGAUCCCAUUCGAAUUUCGGAUACCCCUGUAACAAUGACGGCUGCGUGUCCUCUUCAAGAAUGGAUGGCACUGGCCACCAUUGAAUAUUACGAUAUGAUCAUGAAAGUUGAUCACGAAAGUGAAGACGAUGAUGAUGAUAAUGACUCCAAAAUACAGCAAAAAGUUGCACGGCACUCCACCGUGGUGGUAGUCCGAAUUCAAAUAUCUUCACUGGCAUCGCCAUUCUCAUCGGUCAAUCGAGAAGUUCGACACCGUUUGACUCUCCCAAAUCCCAGCCUGGGUGGUAUGCAUAGCCAACAACGGUAUCUACAAGAAGACGACAUGGAUCAACUCGGAAAAACACCCGUGGAACCCAGUCUCCUUUUUUCCUCGGAUCGACAACAAUUAACGUGCCUGAUACCCUAUCCGCGAGGGUGUCACUCGGCAUUGGUGGCAUUUCCACUGCAACGACCGGAUAUGACGCAUCAAAACAGCCAACGUCCACCCGUCAGACCCAAACUACCGGCCUAUAUCGCCGCUUCCUCGUCGUCAUCAUCAUCUACCAAUGCCAAUAAAAUUCCCGAAGCCAGAGGUGAACCUCAGUGGCUCACCCUCCCAAACAAUGUGGGAAUGGCGAUACGGGACAAGGCACAGUACUUUUUGUACAAUAUCACCUCCAUUUGCAAUGCUACCACCCAGGAAAUUGAUUCCACCAAACGACGGACCGCGACCAAAAGUUCUUGUGUGCUCCUAGCGGGGUGUCGGGAUGGUAGCAUUUUGGGGAUAUCCUUUCAGCCAUUGUUAUUGGCGGGACAACUCUAUCAUCCUACAAGCUCUAGUAGCAAGGAUACCAGCAAUGGGGCGUCGGCAGCUAUUACCUAUCUAUCCUACGUGACAAUGUCCAGCACCAUAUCGGCGUAUGAAGAGGAUGGCGAUGUUCAAGUGGUUGGCAAAUUGGUUGCGCUGCAAAACCGAGGAAGAGCCCUCAUCUUUGAUACUCGAAUGGUCUUGUCGUCAUUACAUCAUGAAAAUGCUGCUGUGUUUCAGCAACAGCAUUUUGACAUGGAUGGCACGGACUUGAGCGCUACAGAAACAGAAGCGGAUGCUUACAGAACGGUCAUCCACGGAGAGAGCUUUCACGUUGUCAAAACGGGACGUCGAAACAGUCUACCCGCCAAUACACGGUUGUCAGAAGUAGAGGAGGCGGCGCAACCUCUGAUUCCAAAAACACGAAAAGAAGACGUUCAUAGACCACCACAAUCAAAUCCAACAAUGGGAAACACUGGUCUACUGAUGACGUUGGAACCUUGUGGCCACUACGAAGGGAACUUUUGUAGAGCUCAAUGGAUCGUUGGAUCACUGCUCGCAUUGUUAGAAACACCGCAACUACCAGCAUCGAGACAGCGACCUUUUCCAACGAACCAUGCACGAGAUCGGGUGGCACAGGUUAUUGGAAUUCGAAAAGAUCGACCACCUCAAAUGUUGACAGAACUUAUUCUGACGUCGGAAGAUCUGGAGUGCUCCCACACGACAUUUUCUUUAGUGGUGGACAACGACGAAUCCGCCAUGGAAACGCAACCCAGCUCUGGAUCCCCAAAAUUUGGGAACAGCACAACCUCCACAUCGGCGCUGCUAGGAUCGUGCCUUGGGAUGCAGUACGAUAAUGACACUGGUUGUCUGGCAAUCAGCUCGGCUAGAAAAUCCGCGCAGUCGACGCCCAGGAAUGGUGACAAGCAUUCCUCGGCUCGUGUAAAUGUCUUUGUCUGUCUUUGGCACUGGAAAACAAACGUGUUGGGCUUUACAGCAAACGCCAUUAGCCCCAAUCCAAGCGUGGCUUUGGGUUCAACCCUGCUAUUUUCUAAAGAAAGGAGAGCGAAUCGACGACGAUUGGUGCAUAUUUAUUCUGCCAGCUCCAACCGACACUGGAGUCGCGUUCGCAAGGACAACUACGAAAUGGGCGUAUUGUCUCCACACAAUGAAACCCACAAAGGCCGUGGAAUAGCUGUGAAGGAGCCCUCACCAAUGCUUCUGACAUCGACGUCGGUUUCGUUUGCAAUGGUUUCCCAGCAAUCCAACCAGACCAGUGAGAUUGAGUGGCGGGAAUGUGCCGUCCCCUACUCAUAUCUGCAAGAUUACGGCUGCCCGUCGAUUGCAGCGAUGAGUUCCGGUGGAUCGUCCAUUGCGAUAGCAUCAUCACGUGGGUUCUGCAUGCUCGAGUGCUCACCCAGAUCGCUGAAAUCGAUUGCCGUUGAAGAUCGUCGAUAUCUCUCACAAGAGUUUGUAGGGUCACAACCAAAUGCACGAAAAGAAGCUCAUCCGAAUAGAAGGGUUCACAAUCUCCCUCCGAGAUGGCAUAUGUUUGGGAACGAAAGCGAAGAAAGGGCAUUCCGGGUCUUAGCAAUGGACUGGUGGAAUGGUGAUAAGGGCGCCACGCGCAACCACUUAUCUGGUGACCUUUUGGUUGCUGUUAUUGAGCGACACGAAAGCCAACCAGACGAACCUGGUGUUUGCUAUUUGGCAUGCUGGUCGCAGAGGAGUUUGUGCUCGGGUGGUACGGUCCACACCGGCACGAAUGGUUCCUCCAUCACAUCCUUUUUCAUUGCCAGUGCGUCCUUUCAAUUUGAUCUUCGGCAAAGACGGACGAGUCAUUCAAUCAGCAGCAACUCGUCCAGUCCCUUGACACUGGAAGAUUUCAUUUGCGCAAUUGGUGUGACACGCACCCCAGGUUGUGGUCUGGAGGUCGUCGUCGUAACUUCUGAGGGGCCCUUAUCAAACACACCUGUCUUGGGCAAGGCUCUGCCAGGGAUGAACGAUCUCAAGUCGGCGGAGAUUGCUUCGUAUUAUCUUUCCGAUACGGUCAAUCCCGAGUGUACCAAUGCCUUGGGUGGCAGUCUCGUCAGUAUGGGCUUCUACGUGUGGACUUUUCAGCUAGCCUCGGGGAAGUUGUUCUGCUGGAUUGUCCCGUUUCCGUCUCAACAGUCAACAGCCGAGAAUGUUUCAUCCAAGGUUAUGCGGGGAAUCUUGUGUCCGAUUGGCACGUCGACAACUUGGUUACAGAAGUCGCCAACAAAGACAGCCAGAGAUUUCAGUCUGGGUUGCAUGCCUCAUUCAUCGCACGGAUGCUUGCUCAGCACAGGACAGGCGUCCAGGAAGUUCCACCAGGCGAUUGCCGGAGGCUUCGAUCAAUCUCUUUUUGCGCCCGAUUUUAUGGAACAUGAGUUCCUCUAUCCCGCGGACAUCGAACUGGCACCACCAGCCUACAUUUCUUCGUUGGCUGCCUUAAUCCGCAGCCGAGCCUCGGCAAGCUCUUCAUGUGCGAAUAGCUCCCAUAUCCAACAAACCACAAUUCCUCGGUAUCUGGGUGGCGACGAAGUAGAGAAAGCUGUUCUCGCCGUCGACACGAGCCAUCAUAUGUUGAUACGAUCGUUGCGAUACCCCGAUGCGGCAUUCCUUGCACUUCGGUUGCUGCUUUUGAGAUCUACGGAGCAACUUGCGGACGACCGCAGGAAAACAGAUGCUCCCGUGUCAGCUCCCGUUCUCCACGAAACACUUGAAGUGAUUCGUAAUUGUUCAUCGAACCGGCUGCACUUUGCUUCGCUCCUGCUGGAGGUAGGGCGACAGUUGGAACCAAGUUGUUUCCCCCAUUUGUUCCCCUUACCUCUAGAGCAGGCAAAGAAAACACAGAAUAACCUCGGAACUGCGCGCUCGAGCUGGGUUGAGCCAAGGACUGUCAACGACUUCGUCUCUGUGUGCUUGGCAGAUGGGUCGCUUCACUGUUCGGUUUCUUCAUUGCCAAUAUUGCCUGGUGAUGCUUGGUCGAAACAAAACUGCGAGUUGCUGCUGGGCCAUUGCUUGCAGACUUUCGACGACAAUACACACUCCGCCCACGAUUUCUUCUUUGAUUUUUCCACCGAGGAGCGCACCAUGAUGGGGGACAUCUUUCGCUUUGGUGCCAAGGUGGAAGAAAAUCCAGAAGAGGACGUCCAAGUAGACGUAACAGUUGAUGACGACCCGUCAGAUGAUGACGAUUCUACAGUUGACAGCUCUGCCGAGGAGGACAAUCCGGGCAGAAGUCAUGGCUAUUUCUGGGCAUGCGGGAUGUUGAAUUUUUCCCGGUUCCGUUCCUCCAAGCCGUCGGGUCCCAUACGACGAAUGGCAAACAUAAGAACUCCUCGAAAAGAGCGCGAGAAGCCAGGUCCGACAAAGCUCGCAGCAAAACCUGUCCAGAAGACGAAAAGCAUGGCAUGCCUCAUUGCUUCGUUGCUCGUGCAAGUAGCAGUGCCAGACAAUGUGCAAAAGACCCGCUCUUACUGCUGGAGGCGGUCAGCUUCUCUUGCGUAUUUGCUCCUUGGGCACGGAAAGCCGUUGCUUCCCGAGCUGUCUGCCGCGGAAUGUACGAAACUAGCCCGAACUGCAACUGGCGGAACAAACGACGCAUCAGUGGUGACAAAACUGGCCACGUUGAUCUCGCACUGCCUCGUUGCCUGCUCGUCUGAACUUGGUACUGCAGCCGCUGGCAAGGUGUUGGAUCUGGUCCUGGUUCUCUUGCGAAUCUCUACAAAGUCAUCAGGCUUUGACUCAAAUCUCCCUGGAUUGCUCGUCAUUGGCAUUGCUGCAGGCCAUGCCUCCAACCGAGUGGCUGACAUUUUGGACCUGGGGGACAGAACUGUUCCGUUUACAUUGGCGUACCUUAAAGCCCGGGACAUGCUGGAUUCGUAG